AUGUCUUCCUACACCCCGAUCGCUCUCUACACCUUCAAGACCCCUGGAGGGCGACACUUCGGGCGUUCACAGCGGAGGAAGAACAAGGUCGUGGCUGAGUACAGGGCGUGGUCCGUCAAACAGGCUUUCGCUAACCUUCCUAGGUCUACCAACCCAAUGGCUGCGUCGAGGACGACGAAGAAGGAGUCGACUGACUCGCCGGUCGUCGUCGUCGUCGUCGUCGAUACGGCGAACUUACAGGCGUGCGACGCGAUGGUCGUGGACGAGGAGGGGCGGAGUGUGGUAGAGGGGCACGGGGACGCCUGUGCUUCUCCCACCGAGCCGGUCCUCCUCGUCGAGGGGAGCCGCAGCGGGUGCGAGAGUGGGAGUCAGAGUGCCGAGACUCCUCUCGUCGCCGAGUCGGCUACCCUCUUGGAUCGCUCCGGGGCGCAGGAGGUAAGGACGACGCGGACGACGGACAAGGUGAAGAUCCAGAGGAACACAACAUCGGAACGAAGAAUUACGAGGAACAUGGGCGAAGCCGAGCAAGACCUGGUGGACGAGCAGGAAGUGGAGCGCAUGCUCCUUCUCGAGGACGCGGUCGACGACGAAGACGGGAACGAGACUCAAGCCCUUUUGACGCAUGCGGAGAAGACGGACGAGAAGACGGAGUCGAAUGUGCAAGUCGAGAAGAGCACGGACCUAGCGUUCUGCCUCUACGCACACGUAGGCGAACAACAAACGAUGAUUGCGAAGAUGUGGGAGAUGCAAAGCGAGAUGGCGACCCUAGCAGUGCAGGCGGAGCGUCUGCGGCUGGUCUAA